UUAAUUUUUGUGAACAUUAAAUGAAUUUGGGAUUUAUUUAUUUGUUUUAUUUGCGGGGAAAUUGUGAAAUUUAUGAAUUUUAAGAUGGUUUUUGUUUUUUUUAAGGUUAUGUUUCUUGGAGAUUACUUCCAGAAUUUCCGGAGAUGGAGUUUUUAGGUACUUCCCUUAUAGUGAGAGAGCUUAGUAAAGGAUUUUAGAGAACAAGUAAAUUCGUCCAAGGCGGGCAGUUCAAGAAGGAUCAUAUCCUGAUGGAUGGAAAGGUUGUCAUAAUAACGGGCGCCAAUACGGGCAUUGGCAAGGAGUCUGCCAUUGAUCUAGCACGACGAGGGGCUAAAGUCUACAUGGGCUGUCGGGAUAAGAAACGUGGCGAAGAAGCACGCUUGGAGGUGAUUGAAAAGUCCGGGAAUCCGCAUGUUUACUUCCGUCCCCUCGAUCUGGCCUCAAUGGCGUCCAUUAGAACAUUUGCAGCUAACUUCAAGAACGAGGAGACACGCCUUGAUGUUCUCAUGAACAAUGCUGGAGUGAUGAUGAUCCCCAAAUGUCACACUGAGGAUGGAUUUGAAAUGCAAAUUGGCGUCAAUCACAUGGGGCACUUCCUCCUGACAAAUCUCCUGCUGGAUCUACUCAAAAAAUCCGCCCCAAGUCGCAUUAUUAACGUUUCCAGCUUGGCGCAUAGUAUGGGGCAAAUAAAUAAAGCUGAUCUAAAUAGUGAUAAAUCCUACAACCGUAUUAGUGCCUAUGGACAGUCUAAGCUGGCAAACAUCCUCUUCACGCGAGAGCUAGCACGACGUCUCGAGGGGACAAAGGUCACCGUUAAUGCUCUUCACCCUGGCGUCGUUAAUACCGAACUUGCACGCCAUUUUCCGGCAUUUUUCCAUUUUAUACUUCGCCCAGCCAUGUAUACGAUCUACAAAACCCCCAAAAGUGGGGCUCAGACGCAAAUUCGACUUGCCGUUGAUCCGGUUCUAGAAGACGUUACUGGAAAGUACUUCAGUGAUUGUAAGGAAGCCAAACCAAGACCCCAAGCCUUGGAUGACGAAAUGGCAGCCUGGCUAUGGAAUGAAAGCGUCAAGUGGACCAAAUUGGAAGGAUAAAAAGGAUCAAAGUAAUAAGAAUAAUAAAAGAAGAAUAAUUAAUUUUCUAAAAGGUAUAAAA